UUCACUUCCGUAGCAAUUUAGCUCUCGAAGCGGGGAACAUUGCAAGGACUGCAGUCAGAGGAAGGCAGCGCAUUAUUCUCAUGUUCCUCGAAAUUGAACAUUUUCCCAUUUUCACAGUGCUAAGUUCUUGAUGAUGUGGUGUUAGUUGGUGCUGCGACCCCGCUUACACACCGAAUCUAUUGAGUAUACCGGGGAUUUGUUUCGCGUUUGAAUUGGUUUUAUCUGAGCGGAAAGCACCCGACCCACGCCGAUGGCGGUCACUAUAGAGGAUCUCUAUCGAAACUACGGCAUCCUUGCCGAUGCCAAGGACGAUGUCAGUCAGCAUAAAGAUGCCUACCAAGUCAUCCUGGAUGGUGUGAAAGGUGGUCCCAAGGAGAAGCGCUUGGCAGCUCAAUUCAUCCCCAAAUUCUUCAGCAGUUUCCCAGAGUUGGCGGAUGCAGCCAUCAACGCCCAGCUGGAUCUUUGCGAAGAUGAUGACGUUUCUAUUCGGCGGCAGGCCAUUAAGGAGUUGCCACGCUUUGCAACCGGUGACAACAUCCUAAAGGUUGCAGAUAUUCUCACACAGCUCCUCCAGACAGAUGACACGGCUGAAUUCAACCAAGUGAAUGUAUCACUGAUUUCUAUCUUUAAGAUUGAUGCAAAAGGGACCCUCGGGGGCCUCUUCUCACAGAUCCUGCAGGGUGAAGACAUAGUGCGCGAGAGGGCCAUCAAGUUUCUGUCCACCAAACUGAAGACAUUACCAGAGGACGUCAUGACAAAAGAGGUGGAAGAGUACGUCUUUGCUGAAACAAAGAAGGUUCUUGAGGAUGUGACUGGAGAAGAGUUUGUGCUGCUGAUGCGUUUGGUAUCGGGCCUUCGUGUGCUGCAGACGGUGAGCGGGCGUCAGCAGCUAGUGGAGCUUGUGGUGGAGCAGGCCUUCCUGGAGCAGGCGCUCAACCCAACUGACCCCGACACGGUGGACCGCCUGCUGCAGUGCACGCGCCAGGCACUGCCCCUCUUCUCUAAAAAUGUCCAUUCCACACGUUUUGUUACCUACUUUUGUGAGUACGUCCUGCCCAACCUCAGCAUGCUGACGAGUCCUGUGGCCGAGCUGGACAUCCAACUCGAGGUCCUCAAGCUGAUGGCAGAGAUGAGUCCUUUCUGUGGCGACAUGGAGAAGCUGGAGGCCAACCUCAAUAUGCUUUUCACUAAGCUUCUGGAGUACAUGCCUCUGCCGCCAGAAGAGGUGGAGAAUGGUGAAAACUCUGCAAGCGAGGAGCCAAAGCUGCAGUUCAGCUAUGUUGAAUGUCUCCUGUUUAGUUUCCACCAGCUGGGCAAGAAGUUGCCGGACUUCCUCAUUGACAAAGUGGACGCCGAGCGUCUCAAAGACUUCAAGAUCAGGUUACAGUAUUUCGCCAGAGGCCUGCAGGUUUACAUCAGACAGCUGCGAGUGGCUCUGCAGGGCAAGACGGGAGACGCACUCAAGACGGACGAGAACAAGAUCAAGGUGGUGGCCCUGAAGAUCACAAACAACAUCAACGUCCUCAUCAAGGAUCUAUUUCACAACCCUCCAUCGUUCAAGAGCGCCAUCACUCUAUCCUGGAAGCCCGUCCAGAAGAGCGAGGCGGCAGCCCCCAAGCGUCCAGCAAGCGACGACGCGAGUUCGGGGGCAAACGUGAAGAAACACAUCGCUCCGCAGCCUCGACGGGACGCUCGGCAAAUCUACAACCCCCCAAGCGGCAAAUACAGUGCCUCCCUCGGAAACUUUAACUACGAGCAGCGUGGUGGAUUCAGAGGAGGACGGGGGCGGGGCUUCGGCACCAGAGGCAACAGAAGCCGAGGGCGGAUCUACUGAGGCGGGCGUUCGGGCCAGGGAUGCUUAUCGCUCACCAUAACGGACCACUUUGCCACCACUUCUCUCUCUCUUUUUUUUUUUUUUAAGAGUUAGUUUUUAUAUUAUUCACACUCACAUCCUCCUUUUUUUUUCUUGAACAAAGCGUCCUCUCACUCUAUGAUGAACUUCCCAAACUCCUCUAAGCCAAGGCCGUAGCUCCAGUCCCCCCUGUUUUUAUCACUGAUGUGUGUCUCUGUGGAGCAAAAGACUUGCUGACUUGUGACAAAGUUUUUGCUCUCUUGGUUGUUUUGAGAAAAGAAAAAAAAAACAUUAUUUUGGUUUGCAAUGUUUGUUUGAAGGCAUUUCUUUUGACCUUCUUUUAAUUUAAUCCUGCUUUUGUUUUUUUUCUAUUAGUGCUUUAGGUGAAUUGGCAGACGAUGAUGACUUUGUAUGAACCGUUGGAUUUUUUUAUCAUAAACUUGUAUGGAAGUAUGAACAGUU